CUCGAUCGCAUCUCUGUCUCCCGCUCCUGCAGCCGCUCUGUCGCCUGCUACCGCAACCGGUCGAUCGCAUCGCCGGGCCAGGGUGUUCUCCCUUCAUCGGCGGCGUGGUGCAGGUCGCCGGAGAGUCUUCUCCCUUCAGCCUUCACAGCUCGGCCGCCGUCUCCCUCUAUUCCACCGAUUGGUCUCCUCCGCCUGGAGCUCGACCUUCCUCUGGCAGCUCGGUCUUCCAUCUCCAGUUGGCAGCUCAGCCUUCCAGCGUUCUCCUUGCUGAUCGACGCUUCCUCCUCUGUUUGCCGUUCAAACUCGAUUGAUAUUUGGCGGUUUUGUGAGGUUUCACAGGUCUUGUGCGGCCUUCGAUGGUCGAGGGCGGUCUCCGAAACCCUGCAAGAAAUGUCCUCAGGAUAAUCCUGGGACCUCCUCUGAUGUCAAAGUUAGAGAGAGAAGUGAAUGAGUUGUAAAUAAGAGAGAGAGUGGAGUAGGUUGAAGUUACCAUAAAUGUAGC